AAAUAGAUAACAAAAAUAAAUUUAAUUUAUAUCUGAGAUCGAUCAAAGCAUAUAUUAAAACAGUUUAAAUAUGCCUUUCCAACCAAUCGAGGCCCCGAAAUGUCCGCGAUGCGGCAAAAAUGUAUACGCCGCCGAGGAGCGUCUUGCCGGCGGUUAUGUAUUCCACAAGAAUUGCUUUAAAUGCGGCAUGUGCAACAAAUCGCUGGACUCCACCAAUUGCACAGAGCACGAGCGUGAACUCUAUUGCAAGACCUGUCAUGGACGUAAAUUUGGCCCUAAGGGUUAUGGUUUUGGCACUGGAGCGGGCACCCUUUCCAUGGAUAAUGGCGAACAGUUUUUGCGGGUCAAUGGCAGCGAGCCUGGAGUAAGGAAUGGCGCCCGCCUGGAACCCCGUGCCAUUGCCAAGGCCCCAGAGGGUGAAGGUUGCCCACGUUGCGGUGGUUAUGUUUAUGCCGCCGAACAAAUGUUAGCCCGUGGUCGAAGCUGGCACAAAGAGUGCUUCAAAUGCGGCACCUGCAAAAAGGGAUUGGAUUCGAUACUGUGCUGUGAAGCUCCCGAUAAGAACAUUUACUGCAAGGGAUGCUACGCCAAGAAAUUUGGACCCAAAGGCUAUGGUUAUGGCCAGGGCGGUGGUGCCCUUCAAUCGGAUUGUUAUGCCCAUGACGAUGGUGCUCCACAGAUCCGGGCUGCCAUCGAUGUGGAUAAGAUCCAGGCCCGUCCCGGUGAGGGUUGCCCACGUUGCGGCGGUGUGGUCUUUGCCGCCGAGCAGAAACUAUCGAAGGGUCGGGAAUGGCACAAGAAGUGCUUCAAUUGCAAAGACUGUCACAAGACCCUUGACUCGAUCAAUGCCAGCGAUGGUCCCGAUCGUGAUGUAUAUUGUCGAACCUGUUAUGGCAAAAAGUGGGGUCCCCACGGCUACGGUUUUGCCUGCGGCUCCGGAUUUUUGCAAACUGAUGGCCUAACUGAGGAUCAAAUUAGUGCCAACCGUCCGUUUUACAAUCCCGAUACCACCUCCAUUAAGGCACGCGAGGGUGAGGGAUGUCCCCGUUGCGGAGGCGCCGUGUUCGCAGCCGAACAGCAAUUGUCCAAGGGCAAGGUUUGGCACAAGAAAUGCUACAAUUGUGGCGACUGUCAUCGUCCUUUGGAUUCGGUUUUGGCUUGUGAUGGACCUGACGGAGAUAUACAUUGCCGUGCCUGUUAUGGCAAACUCUUUGGCCCCAAGGGAUUCGGUUAUGGCCAUGCUCCAACUCUGGUGUCCACCAGUGGUGAGUCGACAAUUCAAUUCCCAGAUGGACGUCCAUUCAAUGGUCAAAAGACUUCGGGUGGUUGCCCACGUUGUGGUUUUGCUGUUUUCGCCGCCGAACAGAUGAUCAGUAAAACGCGCAUUUGGCACAAACGCUGUUUCUAUUGUUCCGAUUGCCGUAAAUCCCUAGAUUCCACCAAUCUUAAUGAUGGACCAGAUGGUGAUAUCUAUUGCCGGGCCUGCUAUGGUCGCAAUUUUGGACCCAAGGGUGUAGGCUAUGGUCUAGGAGCGGGAGCUUUAACAACGUUCUAAAAACCUUUCCGAUUUCUUCUACUUUAUGCUUCCCCAACUCUUUAUUUCUUAUGUGUCUUAACCAUCAUAAAAAAAAAACAAAAAACAAAAAAAAAAAACCCAAAUUAGCUGACGUAGUCUUCGUUUUUACUUUUCAACGAUUUUUGAUGAACGACCCCCCAUUUGUUUUAGGUUAUGUGAAAAAAAGAUAUGAGAAGAAAAAAAAAAUAAAAUUUUAAAAUCUUACAAAAAAAAAAAGAAACAUUUUACGAAUCUAUACGAAACUAACCAGCGAACACAUAACUAACUAACGAUGUAUCACGACAAGAGAAACAACGGUAAUUUAUUCUUUCGGUGGUACAGUCAGCACCUAUGAAAUUUGGCUAGCUAACUGACUAUAGAAGAGGCAACAUCGAGGAGGGAUCCUCUCGAUGCAUCCUUAUAAACAAAAACGAGCCCGAAUGUCGAUUAUCGUUUUGUGUGUUUUAAGCUCCAAAAUUAAAAUACAAAAAACACACAAAAUGGAAGAGUUCUGAUAAAUUUAAUAUUGAAAAUGAUAUUUAUGUAUAUUUUAUAUAUGAUUAGUGCUUACGAUAUAUACAAUACUUACGAAACCUUGAUAAAAAUGUAUAAAAUGUGUAAUAUUGAAGAAAACUUUAUACAAAAACAAAUCAUACCAACACACACACUCUCAAGUAUAACAUCCAUAAUAUAUAUGCCCCAGUGGGUUCCAUGAAGAAAAAACAAAAA